AUGAACCGCGAGCUCUUCGCGGCGGGCGAGCGGCUGGUGUCGCCGGCUUACGUGCGGCAGGGCUGUGAGGCCCGCCGCUCGCACGAGCACCUCAUGCGGCUACUUCUGGAGAAGGGCAAGUGUCCAGAGGAUGGUUGGGAUGAAAGUACGCUUGAACUCUUUUUACAUGAACUUGCAAUUAUGGACAGCAACAAUUUCCUGGGCAAUUGUGGUGUGGGAGAAAGGGAAGGAAGAGUGGCAUCUGCAUUAGUUGCUCGGCGACAUUACAGGUUCAUUCAUGGAAUUGGACGAUCAGGUGAUAUUUCUGCUGUGCAACCCAAAGCUGCAGGUUCUAGCCUUUUGAACAAAAUUACCAAUUCUUUGGUCCUGGACAUCAUAAAAUUGGCUGGUGUCCAUACAGUGACCAGCUGCUUUGUAGUUCCAAUGGCAACUGGUAUGAGUCUAACCCUGUGUUUCUUAACAUUGCGACAUAGAAGACCAAAGGCAAAGUAUAUUAUAUGGCCACGAAUAGACCAGAAGUCUUGCUUUAAAUCCAUGAUCACUGCAGGUUUUGAGCCUGUGGUGAUAGAGAACAUUUUAGAAGGUGAUGAGCUGCGCACAGACCUGAAAGCAGUGGAGGCUAAAGUCCAGGAACUUGGGCCUGAUCACGUUCUGUGUGUUCAUUCUACCACGUCCUGUUUUGCUCCAAGAGUGCCUGAUAGGUUAGAAGAACUGGCUGUGAUUUGUGCUAAUUAUGGCAUUCCACAUAUAGUCAACAAUGCUUAUGGAGUGCAGUCUUCAAAGUGCAUGCACCUCAUUCAGCAGGGAGCUCGUGUUGGUAGAGUAGAUGCUUUCGUUCAGAGCUUGGACAAAAAUUUUAUGGUUCCAGUAGGUGGUGCUAUAAUUGCUGGCUUUAAUGAUUCCUUCAUUCAGGAAAUAAGCAAGAUGUAUCCAGGAAGAGCUUCAGCUUCACCUUCUUUAGAUGUCCUUAUUACUUUAUUAUCACUUGGAUCAAAUGGCUACAAGAAGCUAUUAAAAGAAAGAAAGGAAAUGUUUUCCUAUUUGUCCAACCAACUAAAGAAGCUGUCAGAAGCCUACAAUGAAAGACUGUUGCAUACACCUCACAAUCCCAUAUCUUUAGCUAUGACACUUAAAACCCUAGAUAAACACUGUAGCAAAGCUGUCACUCAGCUUGGCUCCAUGCUUUUUACAAGACAGGUUUCUGGAGCCAGGGUUGUUCCUCUUGGGUCUAUGCAGACUGUGAGUGGCUACACUUUCAGAGGCUUUAUGUCACAUACAAAUAAUUACCCUUGUGCUUACCUCAAUGCUGCGUCAGCCAUUGGAAUGAAGACACAGGAUGUGGACUUGUUCAUAAAGAGACUUGACAAGUGUUUAAAGACAGUCAGAAAGGAACAAAAUAAAGAGAGUGAUGUAUCUGGAGUUGACAAUAAUGACAAAACUGAAGAUGUGGAUAUAGAAGAAAUGGCUUUAAAACUAGAUACUGUACGUCUUGACACAUGCCAGGAUUCUUCUUGA